AUUGUUGUCAUAGCUGAUGCUCAUUGUUUAUUUUUCACUGCUACUGCUUCGUAUUAUGUGUUGGUAAUCAGGAACCGGCAAAUAAAGUACAUUGAUUGUUGUGUGCUCAUUGAUAAGUUCCUUGCUAAGUACUGUUGACUAUCAGAACACGGUAAACCUUCCAGCGUGUAGCAUUUCGCGAUUGCAGUGAGUUAAUGAGCGUUUUAUUGACUAUUCUGAAUUAUGGAGGAACAACGAAAAAUGAAUUUCAUUCGUGGAGAACUAACCGAAAUCAUUCUGAAAGUGCUAAAUUGGAAUGCAGAUUUGGUGGAGGCCCAAGUUUCUACCCCGGAACAUCUGGAUGGCUUCAUGUCAGUUAUACAUAAUUUGAUUCUUGUGACAAAAGACAAGGAAACUAGCGAGCAGAAAACAAUCAACUUGAUGGUGAAAGUCAUGAAAGGAGAUGUAGCAUUCCGGGAAAGUUCCUUGGCGAAAACUCAAUUUACCAACGAAAUUUAUAUCUACACCAAUGUGAUUCCAGCAUUUACUGAGCUUUUGAAGUCCAGGGAAUGCUCUAUCCGUGGGGAUACCUGGUGUCCACGUAUAUUUUAUGGUCAAGCAGGAAAAAUUCCCAAUUUCAGUAACAUUUACGAGACGGUUCUGGUAAUGGAAAAUAUGACGUUGGAUGGAUUCAAAGCUGGACCUAGAAAUGACUUGGAUGAAGCCCACCUGACGCUAAUGGCUAAGAGAAUAGCUCAAUUCCACGCCUGUACAUAUGCCAUGAAGAUAGAAAAUAACGAUGGGUUAGAAAAAUUGGUCGAUGGAAUAAUUCCAAUGAACUUUAGCAAAGAUGGUCAAAUAUUCAACAGCUAUGCCGUACUAUUCAAGCUUGGACUAGACAGAAUUUUUGAAUACAUUGAUGAGCAUCCUGCAGUGCUAGACAGUGAUCAGUUCAAAACUGAUGUGGCCAAACUUCGCAGCAGACAUGGCAAUGAGCCGAUACACUUGAUGCAAAAAUUCUUGGAGAGAAACGAAUUUUCCGUGAUCCUGCAUGGAGACUACAAUAGGAAUAAUGUGUUUUUCAAAUAUGAAAAUGAUAAACCGGUGGAUCUUCGUAUGUUUGAUUUCCAGGAAAAUCGUUAUGCAACUCCGUCAAUCGAUUUGACAUUCUUCAUGAGCAUGAGCAUGCCAACAGGAAUACGUGAACAGCUUUGGACCCCGCUUCUGAAAAGUUAUCACGAUAGCCUGAUGGACACUUUAGUUGAUAUACUGAAAUGUGACCGAAGUGAUCCUCGUUUGGAAACCUACAGUUACAGCAAUUUCAUGAAUCAUAUGAAAACAUUUGGUCUGUAUGGAGCAAUUAUAGCUGCUCACUUUUUGCCGUGGAUGUUAUGCUCGGAGGAGGAAUGUGCUCAGUUGGCACACCAUUUCACUAAAGACAUAAACUCUGCUGAUAUGAAGCACUGGACCAGAGUGAGCGGUGGAGAAGCCGUUGAUAAACGACUAAUUGAGAUCUUCAGGCACAUGAGUCAAAUGGGAUACUUUUCGAUUGUUGAUGAUGACUGAUUGUGAUAUUCGCUUUCUGUGAAGUAGGAAAUCGAUAAAAUCGUUAUGCUAAAUAAGAUGUGAUUCGUUAUGAUAUAUAUGAUAUGAUUCAAUAUUUCAAUAAUUGUAGGAAAAAUAAUAAACAUUUUAAAUUUGGGUGAUAAGAAUGUAUGAACAAACAUUAAAAUAAAUUGUCAAUGUAACAGUAUGAAAUAAAACGGUAAUCAAUCCACUUAAGAUGGAAGAGACUUAUUA